CUAGAAUUGCACCGUGUCACUCUUGAAAUCAAAGAUAUCAAUGACAAUGCUCCUUCCUUCCCCCACAAAGAGAUGCAUUUAGAGAUCAGUGAAUCGGCAAGUAAAGGAGCUCGAUUUUCCGUCGACGAGGCAGUAGAUCCUGACUCAGGAGUGAAUUCAGUACAAGGCUACACGUUGUCUGCUAAUGAACAUUUCACUGUGGCUGUUCACACGAGUGCAGAGACAGGGAAGUAUGCAGACAUAAUUCUGGAGAAUGAUCUAGACCGGGAAAGCCAAGACCAUCACAUUCUUAUUUUGACAGCAUAUGAUGGGGGCAGUCCGCCGAAAUCGGGUACGGUAGUGAUACAUGUUCGCGUGAUGGAUGUUAACGAUAACAAACCUGUUUUUACGCAGACUGUGUAUAAGGUGAGCGUGCCAGAAAACGCUCCAUUGGACGCGGUUGUGGUAGCUGUGAGUGCGACUGAUGCAGAUGAAGGGAUUAAUGGAGAUAUCACUUAUGAAUUUAGUCACAUUUCCAUGAGAGCAAAAAGUAUUUUCUCUAUUGAUCAGAAAACAGGAGAAAUUAAACUUAAAGGCCCAAUGGAUUUUGAGGACACCUCGUCAUUCGAAAUGCGCGUUAAAGCGAAAGACGGAGCCGGUCAAGCUGCCUCUUGUAAAGUGAUUGUGGAUGUGACUGAUAUAAACGAUAAUGCUCCGGUAAUAUUCAUAAAAUCAUUAAAAACGCCUUUUCCAGAGAACGAACCGUCAGGCUCAGAAGUAGCAGUGAUCUACGUUCAGGAUAAAGAUACAGAAUCCAGUGGCAAAGUCAAAUGUUUCAUUAAGCAAAACACUCCUUUUAAACUAAGUCUUUCGAUUAAAAAUCAUUUUUCAUUAAUCACCACCGAAAAGUUGGACCGUGAGAGAGAGUCAGAAUAUAACAUCACAAUUACAGCUACCGAUGAAGGUUCCCCUCCACUAACGUCUUCUAAAUCGUUGAAAGUUAUUGUUGGAGAUGUGAAUGACAAUCCACCUCUGUUUGAGAAGCAGUCGUACAGCGCCUAUCUGACAGAAAAUAACAAACCAGGAUCCACUAUUUGUUCUGUUACUGCAAGAGACCCAGACUGGAGACAGAACGGCUCUGUUUUUUACUCUCUAGUGCCCGGCGAGAUUGGUGGUUUGUCAGUAUCUUCCUUUUUAUCCAUUAACGGAGACACGGGAGUGAUCAGCGCAGUCAGAACAUUUGACUAUGAGCAGUACAAAAAGUUAACGGUCAAGAUUAUGGCUAGAGAUAAUGGUUCUCCUGCACUAAGCAGUAAUGUGACUCUAAGGGUCUUCAUUGCAGAUGAAAACGACAACUCUCCUCAGAUCUUAUACCCAGCCCCACAGGAAAACUCUAUCAUGACAGAGGUGGUCCCCAAAGGGGCUCUCUCAGGCUCUCUGGUUUCCAAAGUGAUUGCCGUGGAUGCUGACUCAGGACAGAACGCAUGGCUGUCAUAUAGUAUUGUCAAGGCUACUGAUGCAGGACUCUUCACCAUCGGUGUUCAUAGUGGAGAAAUCAGGACACAACGUGAUAUCUCUGAAUCUGAUCUCAUGAAACAAAGCCUUAUAAUUGCAGUGAGAGAUAACGGACAACCUUCUUUAUCUACAACCUGUGCAGUGCAUUUAGUGAUUUCAGAUAACCUCGCUGAAAUUACUGACCUCAAAUAUGCUAAUCAUGAACAGGACAGUUCACGACUGACAUUGUAUUUGAUCAUCGCACUGGUUUCUGUGUCCACAUUUUUCUUGACUUUCAUCAUUCUCAUCUUAACAGUGAAGUUUUGUCAAAGUAAAAAGCCCAGACUCUUGUUUGACACAGCAGUCGCCAUUCCCAGCACCCAUUUCCCUCCCACCUAUGCAGAGAUGGAGGGACCAGGAACUUUGCGCAGUUCUUACAAUUAUGACACAUAUUUAAGUACAGGUUCACGAACAAGUGACUUCAAAUUCCUCGCAUCGUACAAGGAAAACAUGUUGUCUGCUGACCAUACACUAAGGAAAACCUCAACUGAUAUGAUCAGUCUUUCCGGUGAAUGUCUGUCUGGGGAAUCUAGCGAGGUUUGA